AUGGGCCGCCAAGCGCUGCUGACCCUCGUCGCCUGCGCCCUCCUGCUCGCCGCCCUCCGCCGCUCGGCCGGGAAGCCCAUCAGUUUGACCUAUCGUUGUCCCUGCCGCUAUUUCGAGAGCAAAGUGGCCAAGUCCCACAUCAAGCACCUGAAGAUCCUGACUGUCCCCGGCUGUUCUCUCCAGAUCAUUGCCAAGCUGAAGAACAGCAGCAAGCAGAUCUGCAUCGAUCCCAAGCUGAAGUGGCUUCAGGAGUAUCUGGAGAAAUAUUUACCCAAGGGAGAUACCGUGGCUGGAAAACACCAAUGGCCAUGACAGAACAGAUCCGUGGCAAGGUUUAAUAGGCAGGAAAGCCAAGAUGUAAGCGGCGGGCACACUGCAGGAUGCCUCGCCGUGAGAGCCAGAGAGCAGAUAAUCCCGCUUGUAGGGACUGCGGCGUGUCUGCUCCCGCGCAGCACCAAAGCACCGCUUCAUGCGCUCCCAUGA